AUGUCUAAGGCUGCUCUCAAUGCUCGGGCGCAGAUAAUCCGCCUGCUCAUCCCCGCUGGCAAAGCGGCCCCCUCACCGCCGGUCGGUCCUGCGCUCGGUGCCCGCGGUGUGAAGUCCAUGGACUUCUGCAAAGAGUUCAACGCGCGGACUGGUCACAUAGAGCCUGGCACUCCCAUUCCCACAUUGAUUACCGUCCAGCCUGACCGCACUUUCUCCUUCGUCACAAAGACUCCCCCCACCGCCUACUUCCUCAAGAAAGCCGCGGGGAUCGAGAAGGGUACCGGCCGUCCCGGCCAUGACUUCGUCGGCACCGUCAGUCUCAAGCACGUCUACGAAAUCGCAAAAAUAAAGGCGACAGACCAGCACCUCAAGCACCUCCGUCUAGAAGCCAUCGCGAGCACCAUCGUAGGCACGGCACGGACGAUCGGCAUCCAGGUCGUAGCGUGA